UUAUGGGAAACAAAGCAAAAAAGGACAACGCUGUGGUUUGAUCGUCGACGAAUAAAUUCAUUUUCAGAACAGUUUGCGGUGGUACGUGCAUACCUGGACAAAUACGAGAGGUUAAGAGGAGAGAGGGGAGAGUAGGGGCUUCUGCAGAUGAAACAAAUAACAGACAGACCCCACCGCCCCCCAACUCCCCACUCCUCACACUUGUUAACCCGGUUCAUGUCGGUUUUUCAAUAGUAUUUUGUGCGCACGAAAUGACGUCAACAACCCUAUAUUACCAAGUCCAGCAAAACCCGUUCAGCUCAGGAAGGAGGCGCCGUGUGCGGAAGCUAGACAGCAUCUUCACAGCUACAAGACGAAGGAUGCUGGGACGCAGGGGACGGUGACACACCAUACCGGUAACGACUAAUUAUGUGCGGUGCGUGUAGUCUCACGGUCUGUCGGGAAACCAGCAGCACACAGAGGGAUUUCGGCAUCCGCGGAUAAUCGGCCAGGAGCAGGAUGGGCUGCGGAGGCAGCAAGGCUGAUGCCAUUGAGCCCAGGUACUACGAGAGCUGGACGAGGGAGACAGAAUCGACAUGGCUCACCAACACCGACACCGAGACCCCCCUGCCCGGGGUUAUCAGCAAUAAUCACGGCGCCCCAGAAAGUGCUGUUCCCAGCAUGAAGGAUAGUGCCACGAUGUAUGCGGGCAAGGGAGACGAGGGAAGGCCAGCUCAGGGCUAUGUGUCGGUGUCGUCGAGCUCUGCACACAAAGAGAAGAAGACUGUCAACACAAGCACACAGUGUGGGAAACAGCCCUUGUACCCGACACCUGGCACAGACUCACAGAGGAGGGCUGCUUUUCAUCGAGAGGAGAUCAAAUGGGAGUCCAAAAAGAGGUCAUCCAAGGACGUGGCCGUUAAUGUCGCCAGAGGUAUUCAGCGCACCAGCAAAGGAGAAGUUCCGAAGAGCUGUGUGAAGUAAGAGAAGGGAGGGAGCGAUGACAGCUGAAGAGCAGGCUCACUUCGGAAGCACAGCCCUGCAGGAGAGAAACGGCCCUGCUGGGAAAGUGGUAGAGGUGUUGACAGCCUCGCAUUCAGAGUGGACUCAGAACAGGCACUUUCAGCAUAGAGAUACAGAUAUGGUUCGCGUAUUUCAGAGGGGCCACUGCAAGACCCUUUUCAGUCCCUUUAUGACAGCCAAGCACAAGCUGAACACCGGGGACAGGGGCAGGGACAGCAACAGCAACAAUCAAGUGAUGAUAACUUUAAAUGAUGACUCAGCUGUUUGCAAGCACAGCGCCUGUUUCUCUGGAGUACAAUGUCUUUCCCUGAAGCUGAAGUUACUUUAUAGGGACACACAAAACCUUAUUUUGGAAUGCAAACAUAGCUUCUGAAUUAAAAAAAGAGAAAUAGCAGCACUCCCCCCCAUCAAUAUUUUUAGGGGAUUAUAAAAAAGAGUAUUUAUGUUUCUUGUUUGUCUGCGUGAGUGGUUUUAACUCUCCUCUUUGUCUCCAGAGUAAAAAAGAAUGAUGAGAAAUUAAAGUGAAAGCGCUUGUUGCACAUGUAUUAUGAGGGGGAUGUUGUUUUCUGCCUCAUGUACAGUAUUUGAAACGGGAUCAUUCUGCUGUGGUAAUCCUUACAGACCCCCUCCGAGCGUGCUGGGACAAUGUAGACACGUUGCACAAGACCAUGCAUGCCAGCUGUAGACAAUGGCUGCCAGGAAGCUCCUGCCUGAUCAACAUGCCAAAUGCUUUACUUGUCACGUGUUACAAACACUGCCUUUGAGUACAUGAUCCAUCAUCUGACAAAACGACAACAUCUGUGUGGUUUGUGACUGUACGACGAACUUAAUUUGAUCAAUUCAGCAACACUGCUGCUUAAUUUGUGUUAACAAAACUCACUCCUUUGUGUUAAGUUUUGGUUUCAAACUGAAAUUUCAGUCUCACAGCAUCACAUCUUGGACUUUUUUAUUAGCUUCACAAAGAUGUAUGCAGUGCAAUGGACAUCAUCACAGCUAUCCGUGUUAAUAAAGAUUGGUGGUUGUGCAUUGCACUAAUAGCACUAACAAGUCAGUGUAAAUGAACACUGCUGUAUAUAGUCAUUUUGCCAGUUUUACACAGCUAAUUGAUUUCAAAUAUGUCUUAAACCCACCUAAUUACUGUUUUGGCACCCUCAUUGUAGCUCCCUUUUUUGUUUUGAAAACAGUUCAGUUAUUUUAAAAUGUCUUAUAAAUAAAGUAAAUUCAUCCUUAUAUCUGAUAAUCCCAUUCUAAUUUAUUUGGUCUAAUUUCUGGCUGAAAUAUUUUUUUACUCAGUCUCAGUAAACCACCCCCCCCCACAAGGACAAAGACAUAUUGGUAAGUUAACUGGCUUCUGGGAGAACUGGCUCUGGGGUGUGUGUGCGUGUACCCUGCCUUGGGCCUGUGGCUGGCCAACAUGCACUCUAGCUCCUCUGCUACCCUGAAUUAGAUGAAAUGGAUAAGCAAAAAUUUUUUUUCUAAUAAAUAUAUGUUCAAAGCUCCCAAAAGGAUCAAUCUGCCUUUAAACCAGAAAGGAAGGUUUUCUAGGUAGGUUUUUGAGGAUGAUGCAUCAUUAAGGUAGUUCUGGGGACGGAAUGAUACGGCUUCAGAUUCCUUCAAGAUUUCUGUCUGCUGCCAGGAAGUGAGUCUGCUGCCACUAAUGUUCGACCGACUUCUUGGUAUCAGACAUUUUAUAUUUACAAGACGACUGAGAUAGUGAUGGACUGGUUCA